GGUCGCUGGUAGUGGUGGCUGGUAGUGGUGGUGUGUAGUAAGAGUGGUCGCUGGUAGUGGUGGCGUGUAGUAAGAGUGGUCGCUGGUAGUGGUGGCUGGUAGUGGUGGAGGGUCAUAUGACCCCGUCACCUGAGGUGGGUGCCACAGUAGAGGUGGCGGCGUGACCCUCGUCAUGUCUCCCUGCUGCUGACGGCGCCUCUCACAAUACUCACGUCCCGCCGCCCACCCACUCUACCAGGUCACAGAUGAAAGCUUCUGGUACAUAACACACUGCUUCCUAGCAGCAAUUCUCCAUUUAUUAUACUCGUGGCAUGAUUCCUCAAGAUGUCCAAGUGUUCUUAUGCUCCCCCAAAGUAUGCAUACCUGGAUGACGAUCUUGAAGACCAACAUAUGGUCAACCUGCGGAUUGGAAGGACAGUUCAACGUUCCUAUAUUGGUCGCAGAUCUGGAUGUUCACAGCCUGUUAUUGUGGCCUUAUUUCUCAUAUCGGUCUUUAUCUUCGUUUUCUUUCAAAUGGCUAACAUGAUCCCACGCAAACCAGCAGUAAGUGAUGCCUAUGAGCCAUCCAGACAUGACAGAGGAAAGGGAUCGGCACACCUCAACUCAAUUCCACCAAGUUUUGCAUGGUCAUCAAAUGCAACAAGAGAUUUAAAAGUCUAUAUAAGACCUGAUCGGCCAACUGCACUUCUUCAACCUACUGAUUUCUGUGAUCAGCCUCCAUUUGUGCUCUUUGUAGUGCCUAGUGCCAUAAAUAACACAAAGGAAAGAGCAACUAUAAGAACAACUUGGGGUCAGUGGACUGUGAGUAAUUCAUUAUGGGAACUGUCUACACAAGGUCAAGUAUUCCAUACGAGCAUUGGUGACAAGGUCAAAAAAUCAAACAUAGCUGCAGUACAGAUUAAAGCUCCUUUGAAAUCGAAGCUCAUUUUCCUCCUAGGAACAGCACGGGGAAAGAAUCUCAUUAGCAAUGCAAUUCAAGAAGAAAGUAUAAUCUUUGGAGAUAUUGUAGUAGAAGAUUUUAUAGAUUCCUACACAAACUUAACUUUGAAGACAGUUUUCAUUCUCAAGUGGGUGCAUAACAAUUGUCCUGGAGCAAAGUUUAUCAUGAAGGUAGAUGAUGAUAUUUUUGUUAAUGUUCCUAACCUUCACAACUACCUCCUCAAUAAGACAACAAAAGCUCCUCUGCUAACUGGUAAUCUCAUAUGUGGUGCAAGACCAAUCCAUGAUCAGUGGUCAAAGUGGUACACCCCGCAGUAUAUGUUUCGUGAAGGAAAGUAUCCAAAUUACCUCUCUGGUACUGGCUAUGUUUUAUCUACAAACUUGGUUGAGCCACUUUUAGGGGCUGCUCUUUCUACACCGUAUUUUCAUUUGGAAGAUGUGUUUUUAACUGGAAUAUGUGCAAGGAAAAUUGGUGUUCAUCCUAAGGAUAAUUUUGGUUUUAGCUAUCAACGUAGAGCAGUCAGCCCUUGUGUGUACAAAGAAGUAAUCAUGGGUCAUGGAGUGAUACCAUCGGAGAUGAUAAAACUUUGGAAUAUGCUCAACCAGCCAAAUACUCUUGCUAAGUGUCAUCCAAUAAAAAAAUCAAAACUACGUAGCCAUUAUCCUACAAAGUGCUCCUAGAGCGUGUGGUUCUAAUUUUAUAACACCUCUCAGAUUGUCAGAGAAAUUAAUUAUUGUUUAAUAAGAUAUUCUCAUUUAUUUUCAAUGGAAUUCUAACGUUUUUUCUGGAGGAAUCCCUGUCGGCUCCCUGAAGCUAUCUUGCUGAUGAAGUGAAGUGGGAGCCGGUCGGCCGAGCGGACAGCACGCUGGACUUGUGAUCCUGUGGUCCUGGGUUCGAUCCCAGGCGCCGGCGAGAAACA